CAACAGCGCACGGUGCAGUCGGGACGGACGGAGCAGUGUGGACAGACAGGAACAACAGUUUGUAACGAGCACUCCAACUCCAACCAGCCAUCUAUCAACAUGAACAACGAGCCUGUCGUCAUCGUCUCUGCUGCACGGACACCCAUUGGGUCCUUGAACGGUGCUCUGUCCACGGUGCCUGUGCAUGACCUGGGCUCUGUGGUUAUCAAGGAUGUUCUGAAGCGAGCUGGGGUGAAGCCAGAGGAGGUCUCAGAGGUUAUCAUGGGACAUGUCCUAACAGCAGGUCAGGGGCAGAACCCGGCGCGUCAGGCCAGUGUUGGGGCAGGUAUUCCCUACCCUGUCCCGGCCUGGAGCUGCCAGAUGGUGUGUGGCUCUGGGCUGAAGGCUGUGUGUCUGGGAGCUCAGUCCAUUCAGACUGGAGAGUCUGCUGUGGUGGUGGCAGGGGGCAUGGAGAGUAUGAGCAGGGCUCCUCACACGCUUCAGAUGAGAACAGGCAUGAGGAUGGGCGACGCCUCCCUGCAGGACUCCAUGGUGGCCGACGGCCUGACAGACGCCUUCCACGGCUACCACAUGGGCAUCACAGCUGAGAAUGUGGCGAAGCAGUGGGGAGUCAGUCGGGAGGACCAGGACCGGUUUGCUGUCCAGUCCCAGAACAAAACAGAGGCUGCACAGAAAGCUGGACACUUUGAUCAAGAGAUUGUUCCAGUCAUGGUGCCGUCCAGAAAAGGUCCAGUGGAGGUGAAGAUGGAUGAAUUUCCUCGUCACGGCAGCAACAUGGAGAGCAUGUCCAAACUCAGACCCUGCUUCAUAAAGGACAGCAGCGGCACCGUCACCGCUGGGAACGCCUCAGGAAUCAAUGAUGGAGCAGCAGCAACUGUCCUGAUGAGCCAGUCAGAGGCUGCGAAGCGUGGCGUUAAACCCAUGGCCAGAAUCGUAUCAUGGGCUCAAGCUGGCCUUGACCCGUCUAUCAUGGGAACUGGACCAAUACCAGCCAUCAGGAAAGCGGUUGAGAAAGCCGGCUGGCAGCUGGACCAAGUCGACUUAUUUGAGAUCAAUGAAGCGUUUUCUGCCCAGUCUGUUGCCGUGGUGAACGAGCUUGGCCUGAAUAAAGACAAAGUGAAUGUGAGCGGUGGUGCCAUCGCCCUGGGCCACCCCAUCGGCAUGUCUGGCUGCAGAAUACUGGUGACCCUGUUGCACGCGCUUCAGAGAACUGGAGGCCGUAAGGGCGCGGCAUCUCUCUGCAUAGGAGGAGGGAUGGGCAUCGCCAUGUGCGUGGAGAUGGUUUGAGAUGACACCUUGACGCUGCUUCACAGAUUGCACUUGAUCUCAUGUUUGUAAUGGAUAAGGGAUACUUAAACACAUUGUUUACACUUCGGGUCAUGAUAGAAAGUGUUAACGGUUUACCGGGAAUCUUCCGAUCACUGUACUUGAGGCAGAAGGGAUACGAGUUGUUGGAUGUUAUAGAUUAAUAGCUUGCCAUUCUCACUGUGAACCUUAACUCGCCCUUCCUCAGGUGAUAGCUGUGUAGCAUAUGACUUAAUGUUAGGGGAUUUUAGACGUCAAGAUCAUGUAAAUCUAAUGUAUGACAGCUUAAUCAUGUUCUGUCCUGUAAGAUGACCUGCUUUCACUGUACCUGUACAACUGUAAAAGGUGGAACACGAACUGCAAAUGCAAGGCUUUUAGCACCCAGUAUGGACAGGCUUUGGAAGACACUAUACCUUGUUUGUAGACUAUUUUUAACUUGUGUAAUUUAUGUGAUAGUUGCUUCAAGCUGUCAAUAGAUUUCGAUCGCUGUAUAAAUCUGACUCUGAUCAACAUUCCACUUUCUUUAACCAAUGAAGACAGCAGCCUUGAAACAUAGCUAAGUGCCAUAAGGUCAAGUAUGCCAGCCUUCUCUAACCUCGUGCUUCCUGUACAAAGCAUACAUGUGAAAAUGUUUCCUGUAAUCCAGCUGUUCUACAUAUCAAUAAAGAAUAAGCCAUAGAGUCAAA